CCAUUCAGUCUUCGCUGUUGCUCCCGCGACAAAACAACGACUGGAUAUGACAGCAGCACGGUGACAACGUUAAAUUCGAGCCAAGUUGACACUUAAACAUAUUAAUUCAGCACCUUCGUGCCCAAUAAUGGGUUUUAAUUCUCAUUCACUCCGUGUCAACAACGGCAGCCUCUUGAACGCACGAGGUCUGCCCACUGCUGCUCUGCCCUGAGCGGCUUCAGGCUAAUCGGCUAGCUCGCUAACCAAACCGUUUCUUUAGCGCGAGGGUUGUUUUUAGCGUUACAUUAUUGUAGACUUUGUUGGUUUGUCUACUGACACUUUUUUUAAAGAAACACGUUGAGUAUGGCGAGUGGAGCAGAAGAAGCGACUGAAGCGAGCGGUUGUGCGGGGAGGCUGCGCUCCAGCGGCGGCCUCCGGAGUGGCUCGUGCUCCGGUGGGACAUCCGAGGAGCUCCGCACGGUCAAAACAACGCUGCUGGAGCGGUUGGGGCCACACGAGCGCCUGCUCACCUAUUUGCAGUCCGUUUUGUUAUGGGAGAGACCCUUUCACAGCGUCCUACUGUUCACGGCCGCCAACGUCACGUUCUGGUUUUUUGCUCUGAGCUCUUUAAGGUUGCUCUUUCUGCUGGCAUCAAGUCUGGCUCUGGCUGUUUGUGUGGACACUUGGAGGAAUAAGAUCUGGCCCAAAAUCAGAGUUAAAAAAACAGAUGAGAGUGAGAAUGAAAGCUGGGGUCUGGUGCAGCCUGGGACUUUAAGUGUACCUGAAUUAUGCCACCACCUGGCUGAAAUUUGGGUUACAGGGUCUUCCUGUGCAACAAAUGUUGUGCAGUUCAAACGGCACAAUCCAGGGAAGUUUUGUGUGCUGGUUUGUGGCCUGUUCACUUUAGUGGCCAUGGUGGGGCGCUACAUCCCUGGACUUGUGCUUUCAUAUGCGGCUUUGCUGGGUGUGUUGCUGUGCCCACUGGCGUUGUAUUAUCGGCUGUGGCAGCAUGUGUGUGUGAAGCUGGAGCCAGCCCUGCAGUGGCUGGACUUCAGUGCCAAAGGAUACAUGAUGUCAAAGCCUCUAGACAACCAAUUUCUUCGUAAGCCCAUCAGGAGCGGGAAUUCGGAUGAUGUUAGUGACAGUGAAGAGGAACUGGCAGCAUUCUGCCCAACGUUUGAUGAAGCCGUGGUGGCUAAGGAACUAGCACUGACUGACUCUGAGCACUCCGAUGCAGAGGUUUCAUACAUGGAUAACGGCACCUUUAAUCUCUCCAGGGGUCAAACCCCCCUCACCGAAGGCUCAGAGGAUCUAGAUAGACACAGCGAUCCAGAGGAAUCAUUUGCCUGUGGGCUCCCAGACUUCCCCUCCAUCAACCCGGACGCCACACUGAUGGAGGACGAUGAUGACGCCAGCAUAGGGCUGCCCAGUCUUAACUCAGCUGCGCCGUCCGGCCACCGUGGCUCUACCUCUGCCCUGCUGGACCUGAACACUGAGAUGGACUCGGACCAGGAAGACCUCGAACUCUCCCUCGGUUCCCUAAAUACUACCUCUGACCUCACUAGCAACCUGGCAGGGGUCAUCGCCAGCAACAUGAUCCAGGCAGCCAUUGCAGGAGCCAUGCAGCCCCGUCCACCGCAAGGUCCUCGGAGAGAAAGCGCCCCCCGCGUUGGAGCCGCUCCGAGAGGAUUCAGAAAGCAGUCGAGCUCUGAGCUGGACACAGACCUGGACUAUGACGGAGAAGACUUUGAGAUGCUGGAUCAGUCCGAGCUCAACCAGUUGGAUCCAUUUGGAGGAGGUCAAGGCGGUCAAAACCGAACCCAGGGAUCCAGCUUCCUGUCCAACUUUCUGGGGAAGCCACAGUGAGCGACGUUUUGUGGAUGCUUUCCUCCGUCUGUCUGUUCUUUGUGUUCCUCGCACCUUGAUCCGAGUAGAAGUUUGCAGUGUUGGUUUGAAUGUCUACCGAGAUGAUGCUUUUAAUUCUUCUUUUUUUUCUGACUGAGUGAGAAGGAGAAGAAGCGUGUUUGUUUUGCACUGUUAUUGAAUGAUUAGCAUCACUCGUCAGGAUCUCUCCCCUGGCUAUAGAUGAUAUCACUGUGAAUUAAUCUUCUUUGUAGUCAGACUCUUCGUCAGAUAUGCUCCGUGAGCUUACGUGUCCUCUUUCGUUUCGUUUUUGGGUGUGUGCGUGAGACUCGGGUGCGAAAGACUCCGAUUUACUUUGUAGGCUAAGCAAUAGGACAACAAUCAUAGAAACAUUUGGGAUCUCUUUAAAGCACAGGUGUCAAACUCAGUUCCUGGAGGGCCGCAGCUCUGCACAGUUUAGUACCAACGCUAAUUAAACACACAUGGUCAAACUAAUUGAGUUCUUCAGGCUUGUUUGAAACCUACAGGUAAGUGUGUUAGAGUUGGGUUGGAACUAAACUGCUGGGCUGACAAAGUUUGACACCCCUGCUUUAAAGGAAUGGUUCACGCAAAAAUAAAUUCUGUAGUUCUUUACUCAUCCUCCAGUUGUUCCAAACCUUUUGAGUUUUUUCUUAGUUGAGAAUGUUGGACAGCCAUUGACAUCCAUAGUAUUUGUUUUUCCUACUCUGGAAGUCAACGGCUACCAGUUUCCAACAUUCUUCAGAUUGUUUUGUUUUUAUGUUCAACAGAAGAACAGAAUUCAAAUUUAGAACCACUUGAAGGUGAUCAAAUGAUGAGAAGUUUUUAUUUUUGGGUGAACUAUCCCUUUAAUGGGAUUGGCCAGUCAAAAAUGGAAAUUGGCUUUUCACUCUCAUUAUGUAGAUGAAUUUUUCUUUUCUUUAAUAUAACAGUAAAGAUUUUUAGCUUAAGUGAUUUUUCUAGCACUUUAAGGGUCCAAAAUAAAUAAUUGAAUGUAUUAAAUAUUAAACUAUUCAUUUUUGAGAAGUAAUAAUUAAUAGAAAUUAAUAGUUGUGACUUUUGGCGGUACAUUGAGGUCUUGUGAAGUGAAUCAAUCGUGUAACCAGAAGCUCCAGACUUUCGUGAUUGCACUCAAGACUGUUUGCAGAAGCUGUGUUUUAAAGGUUAUAAUAUAUGUUGUACAUUAUUUCUUGGACAGAUCAAUCAUUUCUCUUUAUUAGACCUUAAUGUAUCAUCAGAAGCCAUCGGUAUUCAUUUAGUUUUGUAUUAAUUUGGGUAUUCAUUUAUUUAUGGUUGGGUAUUGUGCUUUUGAUUGCUUAAGUGCUCUUGACUUGCAUUUUCUGACUCACCAAAGAGCACAGUUUCAGCUAAAACUCUUUAAGAGAAAAAUAAAAUCUAUCAACAUCUUGUUUGGCCUAUAAGCUUGAGUAAGUUAAAAGCCAGUUUCAUUUUUGAGUGAACUAUACCUUCAACUUCUUCUAAACCAGCAAAUUUACACACACGUCUUACAAAGUUUUCACAUCUUUCUUUUUCAUGCUGACUGUGUUGUUUGUGUCUUCAAUAAUAACACAAGGGACCAAAUCAGACAUUCCACCAUCAGUGCUGACCAUGUGUACAAAUAUGAAGUCUCUGAAGAUCCUGAAAUCUAUAGUCAAGACAUCGCUGAUCAAAGGAAUCUGAAGUAAUGGUGACUUAUUAAAACUGCAGCCUCAUCUCAUGUUAAUAAAUCAUUUACUUACUCUUAUAAUUUCACCAAACUUAAGUAACUUUCUUUAUUUCUGUGGAACAUAAAGCGGAUGUUUUGAGAAGUUGUUUUUUUGACAAUUUAUUGGAAAUCAGUAGAUCAGAACUGCUAUUUUAGCAACAUUAAUCAAAAUGUCGUAAUGUUCCACAGAACAAAAGUCAUAUAGUCGAAAAAAUCAUAGUUUAUCAGUGAUUUUUUU